AAUCACCAUUCACCAGGAAUGAUGGACGUGUGUGCGUAAACAAACCGAAUCACUUGGUGGGAGGACUGCCGCCGAGAUAAGGACGCGCCGUAAUCUUUGAGCGCGACGAAUCGGAUAUUGCGUCGUCCCGUGUUGUACAACUCACUGUGGUUGUGUACACACUCCCGCCCGCCGCUCGUGCUUCAUGCGCCAGCGACCUUCUUAGCCAGCGCUGUGGGCCGGGUGAUAGUCAAUAAUAAGCGGUCGACCGACGGACGAAACCUUUCGCGCGCGCCGUUAAUCGCCCAUAGUGCACACAAUAGUAUUAUACACUAUUAUGUACUGUAUUUUGUUUGUUUCGCCGUAGUUGUCAGUUUUCCACGACGACGCGUCCCCGACUUGUAAGCCUGCUGCUCGCACCCGGAACCCGCGCAUAGGGUAGGGCGAUCAUCGAUUAUUCGCAAUAUUAAUAGGACUUGAACGUUUCGGCGGCAAUAGCUGCGCGGAAUAACUUCCGACGGCCGUGCUGUUCUCUAAAAUAUAACAUGAUGAAGUUUGGAAGCAAAAACUCCGCCAACACACCAAUCAAGUGUACCAUCCGGCUGUUGGAUGACAAUCAGUUGUUGUACAGUGAAUUUCAGAUAAAUGAAAAGGGGAGUAGUUUGAUAAGUCGUAUUUGUGAACAAUUGGAUUUGAUUGAAAAAGAUUAUUUUGGUCUACGUUAUGUUGAUAGCAAACGUCAAAGGCAUUGGCUAGAACCAUCUAAAUCAAUUUUUAAACAAAUCAGAGAUAUGGAAGCAGACAAUAUAUUAUUUAGCUUCCGCGUUAAAUUUUAUCCACCAAAUCCAUUUCGUUUAAAAGAAGAUAUUACUCGUUACCAAAUUUAUCUUCAGUUAAAAAGGGAUUUAUUACAUGGUCGACUUUACUGUAACACAUCUGAAGCUGCUCUGCUAGGAGCUUAUAUACUACAAGCUGAACUUGGAGAUUUCAAUCCAGAAGAACAUAUUGAUAAUUAUGUAAAUGAAUUAAAAAUACUAUUGAAACAGACAUUACAGUUAGAAGAAAAAAUGAUGGAUAUUCAUAAAAAUGAAUUGAAAGGAAAAACUGCCGCUGAAAUGGAAACCAUUUUUUUGAAAAAAGCGUGUAUCUUGGAUACAUAUGGAGUUGAUCCUCAUGCUGUUAAGGAUCAACGAGGUAAUCAACUUUAUUUGGGAAUUAAUCAUACUGGCAUACUUACAUUCCAAGGUAGUAAGAAAAUGAACCACUUCAGCUGGUCGCAAGUUCAAAAAAUUAACUUUGAGGGUAAAAUGUUCAUCAUUCAUAUCAUUCUUAAUGAGGAUCAGAGAAUCAAGAAAAAGCAAACUAUUGGUUUUAAAUGUCCUAGAGGUUCUUCAUGUCGUCAUGUAUGGAAAUGUGCUGUUGAACAAAUGUUGUUUUUCACAUUUCCUUCAAGCUCUGAUGUUCCUAAUGUAGUUUCUGGUGGAGGCUUUUUUUCUUGGGGUACCAAAUUUAAAUAUAGUGGACGUGUUGAACGGGAAAUAUUAGAAGAUAUGACAAUUACCAGAGAAUCUCCAUCUGUUACCCGUGUUGGUAGUCUUAGAAGAAAAUCAUCAAGUGAACCUCCUACUCCUUCUAAUCUUGUUAUUAAUCAAGUUGCAGGAUUUAAUAGCCUUCCACGUUCAUUAACAAACACUAGUGAAGAAUAUAAUACUUCAAUAGAUUCAUCCAAUCAAAUUGAUAAUUCUUCAGUUUUAGAGACUUUAUUAGAAGACCAGGAGAUCAUGACAUCUAAAAUUGAACAAGAGGUCCAUCAUGAAGAAAUCUUGAAUGAUCAUUUACUGAUUGACUUUACUACAAUGGGAACAGACGGUUCACCAUUAAUCCAAUCUAUUUCGAAUCAGCAGUCUGGUCAAAAACAUUUAGAGACUACAGCAAUUCGAAACAGUGAAUCAAGCUUGUCAUUCUUGCGACAGACUUUGCUACCAGUUAUAUUUGCAUUGUUUAUGAUGGUUUUGAUUGUAGUUAUCAUUCUUGAAUCUGAUUUUGAUGUUAUUGCUACCAUCAGAAAAGCUCCAGAAAUUGCUGCUUUCAAGAAAAAUUAUUAUGAACCUAGUAAAGACUUUUUACUGCGUCGUUUUAUCAGGUCAAAGAUAUUUUAGUAAUUUAAUACUACUUGUUCUAUCACUUUUAUAGUAGUUUUACACUCUAGAGUAAGAUACAUGAAAAUUGAUAUAGAACUAAGUGCAAGGUGAUGGAGUUUAUUAGGUACCUAUUUGACAUUGUAAUUUAACAUUAAAUGUCUAUUGCCGGGUUGCAUAAACAAUCAUUAAACAUUAAUGAAUAAUAAGUUAUUGGUUCUUUAAAAAUAAUUUUGUUGCCUCUUGAUUGGUUCAUUCAAUUUUGGGAAACCAUUCAAUUAAUUUAUUUUUUUGUGCAACCUGUCAUUUAUGUGCUCAACAUUUUAAUGACAUAAUUUUCAUGAAUUUGAUCAAACAAUAGGAUUUAUGGUUUUUUUUACGAAAUAAUUCACUUAGAUUUAUGCAUUUAUUUAAUCUAAUCGUCCCAAUGAAAUUUGUGAUUUUCUAAUGAUUUUGAGCUUUUACAAUUUAAAAUAUCUUAACAUUUUGUGUUUUGAUGUUAAUUUAAGUGUUUAUGUGUUAUACCAAUUCAUAAGUUUUCUGUGCUAAAGGUGCCACUGACUUUUACAUAUACCAAAAAAUACGAAUUUUUUGUAAAUAAUACAUUUUGGUGUUGGUACUAUAUGAAAUAUUGGUGCUUAAAUGUUUAACAAGUAACACGGUGGUUCACGCUAAGACGUACCACUACAUAUUUCAGCUGAAUUAUCUCAGAUUAAAAUAGAUUUUUCUAGAUGUUAAAGGGUGUACUGAAGUAAAAA